UUACUCAGUUACAUCCAAAGAAAUAAGCAACUCUGUUAUCUAGGACAUUGUUAAACGUUUCAAUUCUCUACUGUUGUUGGGGAUUUCGAGCUUGGCAUUUUCGAUUGCGGCGCCUGAGGCUUACCCACUGUGAAACGUCUGUAGAAGCCUUCAAACAUGGUGAACACGAAAGCGCAGCAGCAGCUCUAUACCCACGCGGCAGAACCGAAGGCCGUCCAACAAAGGCGCGCAAAGUAUCGCGAGGAUGAUGGCGUGCCGCUUCCUACCGCCAACAUUAUGUUUGAUCGCCGCGUCGUCAGAGGAAAUACAUAUGCAGCCCGUAUCCUUCCGGCAGACGCAUCCCAGACGCAGACCAAGCCGAGUCCCCCUGCAACGAAGAAGAAAACCACGCGGUCCGUCCCGCCUCGGACGCCUGAGGCAGUGGAGGGACGAAGGCACAUCGACAUUCAGACGGACGUAUACCUGGAAGAGCUGACAGACACGGUGCCUGAGGCUGACACUUCAACGCAGACAGAUGCUUUCCUAGACCGGCCGCCGACGCCGUUGUUCGUGCCUCAGAAGACUGGCACGGACGCAGUUACGCAAAUUGAGAACGGCGAUCUCUUUGACUUUGACUUCGAGGUGGAGCCCAUCCUGGAGGUGUUGGUGGGCAAGGUACUGGAACAGGGCCUUAUGGAGGUCUUGGAAGAGGAGGAGCUCGCAGCCAUGCGGGCACACCAGGAGCAAUUCGAGCAGAUCCGCAACGCCGAGCUCGUGGCUACGCAGCGCAUGGAGGCGGCGGAGCGGCGCAAGUUGGAGGAGAAAGAACGCCGCAUGGCGCAAGAGCGCGAGCGUGUCGAGCGCGAGCGCGUCGUCCGUCAAAAGGUCGCCGCCAGCGCCUUUGCACGUGGCUACCUUACCGGCAUCGUCAAUACGGUCUUUGACCGUCUCGUGUCAUCGGGCUACAUCUACGAUCCAGUUAUGCGCGAGGUGGAGACGGGCUUCAUGCCGUGGCUCAAGGAGCAGGCCAUCAUCUACCUUUCACGCGGCGUUGUGGCGCGGCAAGUUGUCAACAGGCUGGUGGAGGACGCAACGGCUGCCCUGGCGGCCAACCGGGAGGCCGUGGCAGAGAAGGCAAAGGCAACUGCGGCAGCGGUGGACGCCUGGGCAGAGCGCGAAGCAGCACUGGAGAAGCAGCUGCAGGGCGCAGAGCUGGAGGCGGUACGGCAGCGACCGACGUUUGUGCUUCGGGAGCUCAAGCCGGCGGUUGCCACACCAGAGGCGAUCGAAGCGGCGGCUGCGGAGCUGCGCGCACAAGCAGAGGAGGCAGCGAAUGCAAAGUUUGAAGCAGACAAGGCGGACGCAGCAGACAAGGCACGUGCAGAGGCGGAGGAGAAGGCGGAGGCGCAGCGCGUCAAGCUGGAAGAGCUGGCGGCGCAAGCAGCAGCGGAGGCAGAGGAGCGUGGGGAGGAGCCGCCGGAGGAGCCGCCGACCCUGGAUGAGCCAUUGGUGGAUGUCGAGGCGGUAGUGGCGGCGGCAGUUGAGGCGGUGGUGAAGCCACCUGUCAAGGAGGUCGAGGACAUCGACAUUAUUUCGUACAUGUUGGAUCAGGGCAUUAUCACCAAGGACGCGAUCAUUCAAUCCCUUGCGGUACACGCGCUCGGAGACAAGGCGUAUAUCAACCACCCUGCGUUUGCAGAGGGCGCAUGAAGGGCCGGCGGGAUGCUCUAGGGGAGGCCGCGGGCAGGCGGGCAGUGGGCGGGCAGGCGCUGGUAUACUGUAACGUGUGGCGGAUGGCAGGUUGUGAUUGUGUGGCGCGGAUCGUUAGGGUGUUGGCUUAGUUUGUGGCAGAUAGUGCGUGGCCGUGAGCGUGGCGAUUAUGACUGUGGCAUGGGCCCUGAAACCGGUUGUCGCGCCACGUGGCUGGGAUAAGCCAAGUGGGCAAUGGGUGGGUGAGCAGGAGAAGGACACAGAGUCUGCAUAUGCGCGUGUUUAGGCAAGGGGUGACAGAACAGGCCUAAAUGCACUGACUGAAUGACCACAGUUACUGACAAUGAUGCAUGAAGCACUGUAUAUGUUAGGAAGCACUUGGCUAGUAUCGUGAUGGUGGAUUUGGACAACUUUGACCCUCUUUGACCAAUUACGCUUCACAGUUGACUGUGUUCUUUCGUCGCCGCUGCUACCGGCGGAGUCAACGGCUCUCCCUGGCUUCGGACUCUUGUCCUUGUGGGCGUGAUGCGUUGCACUCACGAUGUUGACAUGGACCAUGACGUGGACCAAAGAUCCAUUGGCAGACGUGAUCGCAUCAAGUAGUUUGACUUGACAACGACGGCCAUGCUACACCUAGCAGUUACAAGAGGGGGGUGCACAGCAGACCGCCUGCGACGCGUCAUCAGAGACAUGAGCGCAUGAUGACCGGGUCGUCGCUAUCGUGUGUAUGCAUGAAUAUGUGCUUGUGACCUUGGCUGCGUGUCUUCUGCGCACGGGGACGUGGCCUGUGCCAAAGAACCACAACACUGGUUCGGUAGCUUUUUGGUCCCUUCUUUUCCGCUUGAUUGGACACGUAUUGUCUGCAACUGCUAUGGAUGCAGGUAUGUGGAUAGGGGUCGGUAAAUGCAAGGUAUGGCAGGCGGAAGGUACUGCAUUAGGGUUCGCGGAUACAGGUUAUCUGCGGCUUUGCCGCUAUUUCUGCUCGCUGUAAGCUACCAUUUGAU